CGGCGGAGGCGGCUCCAGCAGCGUCGCCGGCGGCCGCGGCAGAAGCGCCCUGGCUCGCGGCAGGAAGAAGAAGAAAAAGAAGAAGCCCUCAACCUGCGAAGACAAUCCGGACGAGCUUUGCCCACUGCGUUGCUGCUGCCGACACCUCUGCCCCGCAUCUGAAAUGCGACUCGUCUAUCAGUUGCUGCUUUUGCACUAGCGCCAGGCGUUCUGGAUCCUGUUGACUUGUGGCUGAGGAGAGGCUGGCCUGGCUGUUGUCCCGAGCGCAUGAACCGGUGUGAUGGUGAAAUGAGAUGAGGCUCCGAAAUGGAACUGUGGCCACGGUGUUAGCGUUUGUCACCUCGUUCCUUACUCUGUCCUGGUAUACCACAUGGCAAAAUGGGAAAGAAAAACUCAUUGCUUAUCAACGAGAAUUUCUUGCUUUAAAAGAACGUCUUCGCAUAGCUGAACAUAGGAUAUCUCAGCGCUCUUCUGAGCUGAACACCAUUGUCCAGCAGUUUCGCCGCGUCGGAGCGGUAACUAAUGGAAGUAAGGCCGCACUGAAUACAUUCUCAGAUAAUACCAUAAAGCUACUAAAGGAGUUGACAAGCAAAAAAUCCCUUCAAGUGCCAAGCAUUUAUUAUCAUUUGCCUCAUUUAUUGCAAAAUGAAGGAAGUCUUCAGCCUGCGGUACAGAUUGGCAAUGGAAGAACGGGAGUUUCAAUAGUAAUGGGAAUUCCUACCGUGAAGAGAGAAGUUAAAUCUUACCUCAUAGAAACCCUUCAUUCCCUUAUUGAUAAUCUGUAUCCUGAAGAGAAGCUGGACUGCGUUAUAGUUGUCUUCAUUGGAGAGACAGAUCUUGAUUAUGUUAACAGCGUUAUAGCGAACCUGGAGAAAGAAUUUUCUAAAGAAAUUAGUUCUGGCCUGCUGGAAAUAAUCUCCCCUCCUGAAAGCUAUUACCCUGACUUGACAAACCUGAAGGAGACGUUUGGAGACUCCAAGGAAAGAGUAAGAUGGAGAACCAAGCAAAACCUGGAUUAUUGCUUUCUAAUGAUGUAUGCUCAGGAGAAGGGCAUCUAUUACAUUCAGCUUGAAGAUGAUAUUAUUGUGAAACAAAACUAUUUUAAUACCAUAAAAAAUUUUGCACUUCAGCUCUCUUCUGAAGAAUGGAUGAUUCUAGAGUUUUCUCAGCUUGGCUUCAUUGGAAAAAUGUUUCAAGCGCCAGACCUUACUCUGAUUGUGGAGUUCAUCUUUAUGUUUUAUAAGGAGAAACCCAUUGACUGGCUCUUGGACCACAUUCUCUGGGUGAAAGUUUGCAACCCCGAAAAAGAUGCCAAACAUUGUGACAGACAGAAGGCAAAUCUACGAAUCCGCUUCCGACCGUCCCUCUUCCAGCACGUGGGUCUGCAUUCCUCACUGUCCGGGAAAAUUCAGAAACUCACGGAUAAAGAUUACAUGAAACCAUUGCUUCUCAAGAUCCAUGUGAACCCACCUGCAGAGGUCUCCACUUCCAUGAAGGUGUACCAAGGACAUACACUGGAGAAGACCUACAUGGGCGAGGACUUCUUCUGGGCCAUCACCCCCACAGCUGGAGACUACAUCUUGUUUAAAUUCGACAAACCAGUCAAUGUAGAAAGUUAUUUGUUCCAUAGUGGCAAUCAAGAACACCCAGGAGACAUCCUGCUCAACACAACCGUGGAGGUUCUGCCUCUUAAGAGCGACAAUUUGGAAAUCAGCAAAGAAACCAAAGAUAAACGAUUAGAAGAUGGCUAUUUCAGAAUAGGGAAAUUUGAGUUUGGUGUUGCAGAGGGAAUCGUGGACCCUAGUCUAAACCCUAUUUCAGCCUUUCGACUUUCAGUUAUUCACAAUUCUGCUGUCUGGGCCAUUCUUAAUGAGAUUCAUAUUAAAAAAGUCGCCAACUGAUCUUCUAAGAAACCAACACAUCCUUUCCUGUGACUCUGUCGAUUAAAGAUAGUUAGCACGUCCUUUUCUGUUUGGACUCGAACACUACCUCUCGUGAAGCCUACUGUAGAUAAGAUGAUUGUCAUUUCCACUCAGACAGGGGCUCUUCCCAUGGAUAACUGCAUUCAUUUGAAACUAAGCUGUCCUCCACUUUGAACUUGACACAAGCGUUUUACAAUUCUGACAGCCUGUUGAUGCGACUGGGGCUAUUUUGGUAUUAUACUAAUACAUAAGAGUUGUACAUAUUGUUACAUUCCUUAAAAUUUGAGAAAACUAAUGUUAAAUACAUUUUGUGGAGGGGGUACUUUUGAAGUUGAUUUAUUUUACUAUUAUAGACCCUCUUUUAUAGAUGAUCAGGGAUUAUAUAUAUAUAUAAAUAUAUAAAUAUACAUAAAGAUGUUAUGGAGUUAAUUUAUUAGAAACACUUAAGAAGUACAUAUUUUUGUGCAGUAAAUUUUUGAAUCAAUACCUUUUUUUGAAGAAGCAGUUCCCUGGCUUUUUUAAGUUCUUUCUAUAUUUUUCUUUGGAGAUGCAGACAUUACAGUUCAAUACCAUUUUUUUCCAGUGCACUGCCAUUCCAGACUGGUUCCAGAUGGGUUUCUUAACUUGAAGUACUUUUAUAAUCACAGCAAUUCUGAACAAAAUAUUUUCAGAGGCAUUUGUCAUUCUUUAAAGCCAAGAUUUUAAAAGACCAGUGUCCUCUUGAGGGUUAUUUUCCUGUACUGUGUAUGGUGUGUAGCCACAGCAAACCAGUGUGGUAUCUCCAGUGUCCAGGUAGGAGGCCCCUGUCCAGGUCUCCACACACAGUCUUUCAGGUCUCCCCUGGCGUGGGUGAUGAGACUCUUCUUUCUAAUCUGUCUUAAAUCACUAGUUUAACACAUCGUCCCUUUCCUCACUGGUCCUUUGAUACCCGUGUUAGGUUUGGAGUUCAGAUCACAUUUUCUAGGUGAUGUUGUUAUGUGAAUCAUAAUGGGUACAAUUUACAAACCGGAACUGUACUGUGGGGCUCUGGUGAAAAGUCAUUGUAGCGCUUGUGUGUUUCCACAGAGUGAUUGGAUCUGCUGUACCAUGAACUUGGAAGUAAACGCUGUGUCCACAGAGUGCUUGUGCCUCCUGCCCUUGCAGUUUGCCGACGUGCUUUAGUUAGGAAGGCUAAGCAGCUGUUGCCAGUCUGCGCCGGCGAUUCAGGGGUUGCAGAUGUCCAGCGGCUGUCGUAAAGGUCUGGAGCUCUGGGAGGUCCUAGCUGGUGGCCUCCAGCCUGGAGCUUCCUUAGUUGCCUAGUGUAUGGGACACACAGCACUAAGCAGCUAUUUUGCAUGCCGUGUUCUGGCUAGGAACAUGUAGGUAAGUACUACUGUGCUGUAUGUCAAGGCCCAGCUGAAGUUUUUCUUGGGAUUUUGUAAAUUUCCUCUCAUUUCCUUUAACUUUUUCUUUUCUUCUCUGAUUUCCUAAGCCUGUUUCCUAAGACACAAGCAAAUUCCUUUGAAUAGAGGCCCCUUUUCAUUUUAAAAUUUGAGCACUAUCUUCACACAGCAGGUUCCCAGAUGGUGAGACCGUGCAGAUUGGGUGCAGGGCCCCCCUUAGGGCUCUGGUUUCUCAAUGGUUGUGACUUUAAGGGAAGCUGUGCUUAGAUAAUCUAGUAGGAGACAAACGCAACACCUGCCACCAUUUGAAUGGCCGCUGCAGGGGUCUUUGUGCACACCCUCUUGAUCAAACCCCACUCAUGGCUCCUCUUACCUAGGGACCAAUAGCCAAGUCUUUUCCUUCAUCCAGGGACUCUCCUUUUUCCCUGCGAGCUUGUUCCCAGUGCCUAGAACAUGUGUGCGCCUUAGCAGGCUCUAUUGGCAUCUGGGUGAGUCAUUUUUCUCUUAGCUGUGUUUGCUUGCCAUCGUUGCCAUGCAUGGGCACACACUCACACACCUCAGUGUCUAGUUUUUGUUUGUGGUGUGUGUUCUCUGGCACACUCCAUGCUCUGGAGGCCAGCUCUCCUCCUGUCUUCCACCAUAGCAGGUGCUUCCCGGACCCUCCUUUCUGCCCAAGACAGCCAGCCCUAGACAAUUGAAGCUGAUGUGCUUUCCCCAAGCGAGAAGUGUUAGUGGGAGCCCUGGAGGCUGGUGAGAGGGAAGCCAGAGUGCCUAGAACUGCAAGGUGUACACAUUACACCUCGGAGGCCACCAACCCACUUUCCCCUGAACAGUGAAUGGAAAAAGUGCCAAAUGCAAUACGAAUCAUAUCUACAGAAUAGGCCAUGGUUGGCAUCUGGUGUGUAGUUCACGUAAGCUAGACUCUAGAGUAGCCCUGGCCUCUACAGAAGCCAGAGCACACAGCAGCUGUUAAGCUGGAAAGUCGAGUUCUGUGCCCACAAGCUUGGUGGGCACAUGUGACUAGCAGCCUCCAUAUUGGAUCUGAGAAACAUGGGACAUUGUCAUCACUGUGGGAGAGGAGUAAUGCAUCCUGCUGCUGUGAUUGACAGCAGACCUGUGGGUUCAUCAUAGUGCAGGUAAAGGUGUGUAUUUGGUGAGAAGGCCAAGAUGGCCUGGCUGUAUGCGACUGUCAGCAUUCUUCCCAGCAUGCAUUGUAUCAGUGCCCUCAAGUGGUAUGCUUGGUUAAAAAGUGUGAGAAAGAGUGAAUGCAGGAUGGGUAGGCUAAAUGUGUAGAUGUGUGUGCAUCCAUUAGGGUGUGUUUGAAGAAAGGUUCUCUGUGGUUUUUGAAAUCGUUGGUUUCAUGUAAAAGAUCAGGUGUGCUUGUUUCAAAAAGCUGUCAGGAAAGCAGCAGACUGGAGUUCUGUUUAGUCUUUCACAAUGACAAAGUUCUCAACAGUACUAUCCUCAGUGAAAAGCUUGGCUGUGUGGAAAAGUAUGUUCAGGUUAUCACAGUUAAUAGUGUGUAUCUGUGGUAUGCAGGAUUCUAAGAAUGCACCCUCCUGUGACAUCCUCCUCUUCUCAGUGUGGUGAGAACUGUGACUAUGAUCCAGGGUCAUGUCUUACUACUUACCUGGAGGGAGACUAUCUGUGGGUGACCAGUGCAAUCUUGUGAGCCAUGUCAGGCUGGUAGAAAGAGACAAAAGCAGCAACAGAACUCUGAAACACCAUCACUGGCCUAAGUGUCUGCAGGUGGCCUGCCUUAAUGACCGGCUGAGGAAGUUGGAGCUGCAGUCCUUGUGCCCCAGGACAGCUUCACCCCCACAUGCACCCCAGGCUUGGAGAUGGACGUCGUCAGGCGGGAGGCCAGCCUGGCAAGCGCCUUCACUGCAGCUUACCGAGACAGCUCGGGUAAGGCAGACUUCUGAGCUGCGGAGCGGUGAGGUAGUACAUGGGUGGUGCAGUAAGUGGCCAGAUGUGGGGUGUGUAACAAGCAACAGAAAAAAGACAGUUCUGAGACGCCUUCAUAUUUGAUUGCUUGCAGGUUAGUUUUUAUUUAUUUCUAUUUUUUUGAGACAAGGGUUUCUCUAUAGCUUUGGAGCCUGUCCUGCAACUAGCUCUUGUAGACCAGGCUGGCCUUGAACUCAGAUCCUCCUGCCUCUGCUUCCCUAGUUUAAAGGUUUAAAGGUGUGCACCACCACUGCCUGAAUUGCUUCUUUUUAUUUAAGGACAGGGUCUUCACCUUGCACCCCAGGGUGAUCUUGAACUUCUCUCCUCCCAGUGCUGAUGUGAGUCACCAUGCCCAGCUUGUUGACAUUUGUUUUGAUCAACACCCAGAAUAAACUCAUUCCUGGCAAGUCUCAUUCCUGGGUCUCAGCUAGAAUGUUCUGUGCCAGAGACCCCCGUCUCCACUACAAGGUAGAGUUUUGUAUCAUGUGUUCUGUAAAACAGCCGCUAGGAUGAGACUGUAGGAGUGGGGUCGAUGAGGCUAGAUUACACCGACUUAAGGGCCUGCGAUGUACUUGAAAGAAUGAUGAACCGCGGUAUUUUAUAUCAGAUUUUAGAGAGGAAAACAUCCUGCCUUUCUGUUGACUCACAGGCGUGUCCGCCCUUCUGACACUGCAGCAUGGCACUGUCAUCUCCAGAGGACACACUCGAGAGCCACACAGUUCAGUUACACAAACAAAAAAAUGUUAAACAGCUUUAAGUUUACAGUUCUGUACUGUGCCAUUCAUUGCGAUCUGGGCCACAGGCUGAACAUACCUGCUAGCGCUUAGGCUGUAAGUGUAAUUCUUUAAAGCCAUUUAGUUUAAUAGCUAGCUAGCACAGCACAAGUCCUGUAUGUACCAAGGUUUUGUAUUUAGAUGCUUUCCAAAAUCCCUGAUUCCAAGCCAUUAAUUGCUAACGAAGUUUAUUUUUAUUUUGGUGCACUCACUUGUGCUUUUUAUUUAUUUUACCAUACUGCCAUAGCCUUGAAGGAAACCAACAGAACUGAAGGAAAGGAGUUUAGAGGUUAAAGCACUGGCAGAUCUCACAGCCCUGUGCUGUCAUCAUCUUCAUAUGGUAAGGGAUCUUAAGUCCCAGCUCAGUCCUUUUGUAAAAAGGGCAUUCUCAAGCUAUGUAGCAACAUUUAUAGCUUGUAAAAUCUAAACUUUGAUAGUUAUGAGGAUUUAAAUGAUUAAUCUUAACAGAUAUAUGCUAUGCUAAAUAUGCUCAAUUUAAUGCAUGUGAACAUUCAAUGCUAAAAAGAUGACCAGUCUUUUAAAAAGACAAACAAAAACCAAGGAUUUUGGUACCCAUACCCCUGUACCAUCACUAGCUAAAUGAAGUCUUGUUUCUGAAAUGCUCCCUUUCCCAGUUUUUGCACUACCUAAAGGGCUCCUGCGAGAACAAACAGCAUGUGAUCCUGAGUGUACAGUAUCAGUAACCUGAGUUCGAGGGAGGGGGAAGCAUGGUAGAAUAUAUGCACAACCAGGUCAACUGCUCUGAACAGGCUUGUUCGUUGUGGGGACGGCUGCUCCUAGUGCAGCUGAACUGGUAAUUAGCUCUUGGUCCCAGAAUGAAAGCAUGGGGUUCCUUUAGCUUGCUUAGCAUUCUGCUGUGUUUGCUCUAGCUUGGUGAAAACUUCCUGAACACGCAAUGCCUGAGCCAUACAAAGGGCUGCUGGGAGAGUACUGUCUGGAGAGUCUUCCCAGUGUAGAGGUCACUAAGUCUCAGUCAUGUUUCCCCGGGUGGAGGGAAAACUGCUCACUUGGAGCACCUCUUCCAGAAAGGCUGUCUUUGCAUUGGGGGAUGUUUCUCAGAGCAGCCCAGGAAUCUUUCUGCUAGGCUGUACCAGGUUUUUUUCCCCCCUUCUCCUCCUUAAAUGUAUUGUACAUACUUUGCUCAGUGUCUUCAUGGGUUGAACAGUUAAUAGAUGCAGUAAUAUUUGAGGUACCUAUUGGAUUUUUAAAGGCAGAUUAUUUAUUUUCAAGUUCGCUGCUAUAAUUGAAACCUAAUGUCCUGUUGACUGUGCCUUCCAUAACCGUCUCUGUGCUAUAACUGUCCAUGUGUAUUUGAAAUAAAGAAGUUUGAA